UUUUAAAUUACUUGUCUCUUAUUCAUUCACCAUCGCCCCUCUGCUAAAGAACGAUGGAAGAUACAUCAUUGAAAACCUUCAAAAGACGACGAAAAACAGAACAAAUCAACACCGACUGGAUAAACACCCUACCAGACUCACUCCUCUGCCAUAUACUCUCCUUCCUCCCAACCAAAAUCACCGUCACAACAAUCCCUCUCGUCUCUCGCCGUUGGCGCCAUCUUUGGGAGAAUCUCCAAGUCUUCGAUUUCUAUCUCAAAUACAACAAACACACCAUCAACAACAACGACUUCAGAAAAUUUGCAGCUUUUGUUAACUCUGUGCUGUCUAUCCGUAGGUCACGUGAUAUUCGAAAGAUGCGUCUUUCUUGUGGUCAUUCUGAAGUUGACCCUUUCUUCUCCAACUCUAUUGACUCGUGGAUUCGUAGCGCCACUGGCUCUUGUCUACAGGAACUGGAUAUCACUUUGUUUUACACUGACCGUGAAUAUGUUUUCUCUAUCUUUCUCACCAUUUUAGCUCCUUGCACUAACCUCGUCUCUCUCAGUCUCUGUGGUGAUAUCUACGUGGUAUUGGAACGCUCUUCAGCGUUUUUCUUACCAUCAUUGAAGAAGCUGCAACUAGACAUUGGUUAUGUUGAAAUGAAUUCCAUGGAUAACCUACUCUCAAGCUGUCCCAUCCUCGAGACACUAGAACUUUCCAUUUCUCCUGAUCGUUUGGCCAGACUUCGUGUGCCACCUUCCUUGAAGAGGUUGAAAUUCACCGUUGAGAACAACUUUGGGGCCUACCUUGAGAUAGACGCACCAGGUCUCAAGUAUCUUAGCCUCGUCAAUAUCACAUUUGGCGAUGCUGCCACAGUUGGGAACUUAGACCAAGUGGAAGAAGCAUAUCUUGAUGUAUUUUCCACUCCUGAAAAUGAAUCUGUCGACCCUUUAUUCGAUCUCUUCCGAGCUCUCUCUAGAAUUAAACAUCUAGUGUUGUGUUUAUCAACAACCAAGUGGCUAUUUGCUGCCCCUGUUAUGGAUCUCUCGGAAUUUCGCUAUUUGCUUCAUCUAGAGGUCAUUCUGCCCUCUUUCAGCUUGAGUUUUCUGUUGAGCUUACUUCAUAAAUGUCCUAUGCUUCAAGAUCUCAUAAUUCAGAACGACAAGCGUCUAGCUCCACCAACUUUAUAUGGAUUGGCCGCAAAGACUAAAAAUGUUCCUAAUUGUCUCGUUUCCCACUUGAACUUUAUUCACUUCAAAGGAUAUCAAACAUUUUUGCAUGAGAUGGAAUUUGCUGCCUAUGUUUUACGAAAUGGACUUGUUUUGAAGACGAUGCUUAUUUCUGGUUUAUUGUUGGACAAAAAGGAGAAGUGGGAGAAGUACCUAAUUCUAAAAGAAUUUGCAGAUAUACCAAAGGGCUCUGCCAACUGCCAACUUAAGUUUGAUUGAGUUGUACCUCGUCUCCUUAAGUGUGCUUUCCGGCGUCAGUUCUGGCUACGCUAAAAAGUUGACAUUCGGAGCAUAACAUAUAGUUUGGAUUUUUCAUUUCAGCAAGUUCACAAGCCUCCGGCGGUAGCAACUACUAUGUAAUAUGUUUUUAGUAUGGUCAUAAUUAUAGCCAAUACAGAAAUAUGGCCUAUUAGUACUUGAAAACACUCUUUGCUUUUUUUGUAGAAGCUAAUUUUUACAAGUCUAACUACUGCUAUUAGGUAGAAGCACAUGAUCUUUUGUACUGUUUAAAUCAAACUUUGAUAUUUGAUCGUAUUGAAAAGGCUAAGCUACAUGAUUUAGUAUAA